CGUUUGCACAUUCGGUGGGUUUCCUGGGCCCCGCAGCACAAAGCGUAGCUUAGCCUGGCGUAGCUUAGCGUAGCGUAGCGAUGGACCGCGACCUGAGCCUGAGCCUGAGCGUGAACCGGGCCGAGACCUUCUCCUUCAUCAACCCCUGGAUCCGCUACUUCCUCUUCUUCUUCAGCUUUCUGUUCUGGGUGUUCUCUCUGCUGAUCGUCGCCAUAGGCGUCUAUGCGAAAGUGCAGAAAGCAACAGACACGGUGCGGGACACGUUCCUCAUCGACCCGGCCAUCAUCCUGAUCGUGGUGGGGGUGGUGAUGUUCUUCAUCACGUUCUGUGGCUGUAUCGGAGCGCUACGCGAGAACAUUCGGCUCUUGAAGAUUUUCUCGUUCAGUCUCACUCUGGUUUUUCUGACCCAGUUGGCCAUAGCUGUGCUCGGCUUCUUCUACUCAGACCAGACUCGAGAUGCUCUGGGAAAGUUUGUGAAGAAAGCCAUUGUCCACUACAGAGACGACCUCGACCUGCAGAACCUCAUGGACUACAUACAGAAAGAGUUCAAAUGCUGUGGCUGGAACAACUACACUGACUGGUCCUGGAAUCUGUAUUUUAACUGUACCCAUGGCAACCCCAGCAACGAGCGCUGUGCAGUCCCCUACUCCUGCUGCCCCCCCGUACCUGGAGAGGCAGUGGUCAACACCAUGUGUGGCUUCGGGGUGCAGAUGCAGAGCUACGCGGAGGCGACCAAGUCGGUGUACGCGGUGGGCUGUGCUGACCAGGCCGUCCAGUGGAUCGAGUCCCACCUGGUGCUGGUCGGGUCUCUGGCCCUGGGGUUCGGUCUGCCACAGAUUGCAGGGAUAAUACUUUCCCAGAUCCUCAUCUCUCAAAUCAAGACUGAAAUCAGCUCAAUGAUGUGAAGAAAAGGGAACAACAUGGAAGAAAGUGAUGAUGAUGAUGAUGAUGAUGAUGAUGAAGAUGAUAAUGACGAAGGUGAUUUUUGGAGCCUGAAGAGCUCUCAUGUGGACUUAAGAGUCCAGAGUAAAACCACUAUAACACACUUACAGACCAAACACUCGCAUUACUAAAGUGCUAC